UUUUAGGUUAUCAAAAUCUAACGUUUAAAAAGAUUAAUUAAAAUGUCAAAUAGAAAAAUUAAACCCGUCUCAAUCAAAGUAGUCGGACUCAUUAUAUCGGAGGCUUAUCAAAGAUGCAAACUUUUCGCACAAAGACUCUACAAGCACCAUAAGAAGAAGUUCUUACAACCUUCAAUAACUGGUUUUCUGGACAUGGAUUGGGAAGAUUUCAUUCGAAAGCUGAGAAAAGACAUCGGGGGAAAAACGUGGUCUGCGAAAUCAGUACUCGUUUUCCUUAACGACUCUUGUCUUGGUGGCGAAGAAGAAUUGUUCAACCACUUCAGAAACUUUUUGUACGAAGGCCCAAGCCAAGAGGCUAUCAAAGAACUUGCGAAGAAGGAGUAUGUUCAACAUCUCAACAAAGGCAACCUUAUCUAUGUUUAUUUCGAACUUAGCUUUGGUGGUGAUUACAUGGGUACGUUGCUGUUUCAACUGAGACACGAUUUUCUACCGAAAAGUUGUAUGUGGUUCACAGAGUUUUGUACUCACGACUGGUUUACUUAUAAAGGGACGAAGAUUCAAAGAGUCUGCAAAAGAGGGUGGUUCCAGUCAGGUGAUAUAACCAAUCAUCAGGAAUGGUCUCAAGGCACCAUUGAUGAUGAAAACUACUGCUACAAACACGACAGAAGAGGCAUCCUAUCUUUCGCGAACGAGGGCAAGCACACAAACUGCUUCCAGUUCUUCGUGACGUUCGAGCCGGCAGGCUGGAUGGACGGCAAGUACGUUGCUUUCGGAAGAGUAGUCGAGGGAGCUGACGUUUUGAGGAGGAUAGAAAACACCCCUUGCACCAAUGAAAAACCAGAUAAAGACAUUGUAAUCACGAAUUGUGGAUUGGCCAAGGUAGGUCUAGGUAGAGCGAUCGACCCGAGCUUGAGACUCAAAGGAAUCACAGUGGGUGUGCCGCACAUUCAUUUGGAGUUCUUCGAAGAGAUCAUCUUUGAAAGGUUCGACCAGAUGCUGUUUGAUCGGUUGGACGAAGAGGUGAAGAAGAUCAUCGGUGAACAAUGGAUCAUAGAGUUGAUCUGGAGUAAAAUAAUGUACGAAGUGUCUACGAAGAGGCCACCAGUUGAAGAUGUGUUGGACGUUAGGGAGACAUCGUCACGAGAGUUGUCUGUCGAAAGGUACAUUGCUGGGUUGUACGGUCUAUCAGAAAUCCCUGAUAAGUUUAUCAGAGAAUUGAUAGAAGAAGCUAUAGACAGAUCUAUAGAAAUGAGUGGCGUAAAACUGAUAGCGGCCAGUAUUGUGAAUUUCUUGAUGCAUCGUGCAUACAAUGAGGCAAUAAGCAAGACGAUAUCGAAAGCAACAGUACAUUCAUUAGUUGAAGAAGUUUCAAGGAUCGUUUAUGGAGAAGUUCAACCAGGACAAUUGCCACUGAAAGAAAGCUCUUCUUUGUUAAUGACUGUUAAGGAAGUUCUUUCUAAAAUUCCGAGUUUGAAAACUUCUCUUUCCGAUCUCAAAAAAAGAGUUGGGGUUGAAGAGAGGGAUGGAGAAUAUUCUAAAGAGCAAUUGUCAACAAUGGAAUCAGUAGCCGCUUUUGUCUGGGGAUUCCUAAUGGAAAUGUUGGAAAACAUCAAAGGUGAAGAAGAUUUAAACGAUGAAUUUACGAACGAUGAAUUAAAUGGACCAAACACUUCAAUUUCCUCAUACGUCGUGGUAUAGAUUUAGUUGGAUUAAGUCUUGUAUAUUUAUUGUAACUUCUAAUUAAAUUCUAGAUGGUAAGAUACACAAUACACACCAACAUUUGUAUGUGAAAUAAAAUA